AGUCUGGAAUUCACCAUGAAGCGUUUAACCGAGCGAGUGCACCACGAAGAGAUCGAGUCCGAGGAGGUGGUCUGGGUGAAGCGGGAGGACGCCCGCUCCACCAGCAAGCUGCCCAUCGUCUUCUCCCGGCAGUAUGCGGUGCGCUUCGCUGGCCUUGAACGCCUACAUCCAUUCGAUGCGGCCAAGGGCAAGCACAUACAGAAGCUCCUAUGCGCCGAACUGCAGCUUGAUGGCGGCAGCUUCUACGAGCCCAAGGAGCUGAGCAAGGACCAGCUGCGCCGCAUCCACACCCGGGAUUACCUGAAAUCGCUGCAGUGGAGUAUGAAUGUGGCCUGCAUCGCGGAGGUGCCGGUGAUGGCCUUUGUUCCCAAUCGCUACAUUCAGCGGUCCUACUUGCGUCCUAUGCGCUUCCAGGCAGCCGGCUCCAUUUUGGCCGGCAAGCUGGCCUUGGAUUACGGUUGGGCCAUCAACCUGGGCGGUGGAUUCCAUCACUGCUGCUCAUACAGGGGCGGCGGCUUCUGUCCGUAUGCGGAUAUCUCGCUGCUCAUCGUCCGGCUGUUCGAGCAGGAACCUUACCGAGUCCGCCGCAUCAUGAUUGUGGAUCUGGACGCCCAUCAGGGCAACGGACAUGAGCGGGACUUCAACAACGUGGCAGCCGUCUAUAUUUUAGAUAUGUACAAUGCGUUCAUCUAUCCGCGGGAUCACGUGGCCAAGGAGAGUAUCCGCUGUGCCGUGGAGCUGAGAAACCACACCGAGGAUGCGUUCUACCUCAGGCAACUGAAACGCUGCCUGAUGCAGUCCCUGGCCCAAUUCCGUCCGGACGUGGUCAUUUACAACGCAGGCACUGAUGUGCUCCGGGGGGAUCCACUGGGAAAUCUGGCCAUUUCGGCGGAGGGCGUGAUGGAGCGGGAUCGGUUAGUAUUCAGCGCAUUCCGCGCGUUGGGCAUUCCUGUGGUCAUGUUGCUGAGUGGAGGCUACACGAAAGCAUCCGCCGGGGUCAUCGCCAGUUCCAUUGUUAAUCUCCGGCAACAGGGAUUGCUAAAUGAAAGGAAUUGAAUUAUUUUGGACUUUAUAUUACCAAGGUACUGCCAUACGAACUAUUUGUGGUAGUGGUAAGUACAUUGUCAAUUUCUUCAGCACUUUGCGAACUUCCUUAGCUUUUUCGAGAAUAAGGAAGACACUACUCCAUUACGCUAGUAAAAAUGAGCUGCUUUGGUAGCCACUAAGAGAAAAUAACUAUUCGUAACUCCCUUUCCGGUUGGCUUGCCUCAAUCGUUGGGAUCUCUGCUGAAGGAUUUGUAUAACUGAGAGCUGUGAAUGAAAGUGCAUAACCUGAUGGCUACAGAACUUGGAUAAUAAGACAGUCGUUUACACCUUAUCAAAAUUUAUUAAACAUAUAUUAUUUAAAGUCGUUAUAAUAA